UUAUAAAAUUUUCCACCAGGGGGUGUAAUGUGUUUAUAAUCAGCUGCGAGGCAAGGUCAACAUUAGGGAAAGUCGGUUACGCUGUUUGUAUAUUUAGAUGUUUAUGCAUUUUAGCACAUAAAUUAGGCAACAAAAUGUCUGCAAUAUAUCGAGUUAUAAUAGGGAAAGUGGACCCACAUGUUCCCAAGAAAUUGGUUCCUCUCUGGAAUCAUCCUGCAGGUCCAAAAACAGUUUUCUUUUGGGCUCCUGCUUUUAAAUGGGCAUUGGUCAUUGCUGGCAUUGGAGAUUUGGCUAGACCGGCUGAGAAGUUGAGUCCGUCACAGUCCACUGCUCUGGCUGCCACAGGAAUAAUCUGGUCGAGAUAUUCAAUGGUCAUUAUUCCUAAGAAUUGGAGUUUGUUUAGUGUAAAUGUCUUUGUUGCUCUGACUGGAUUAUACCAAUUAUACAGAAUAUUCAAUUACAGACGAAGUUUAUCUACAGCAGCCGUAGAAGAGAAGUAAAGCUCGAGCUUUAUGAAGUAACAAACAUUUUUAGUUGUAAUUCUGUAGAAAGAACGUCAUUAUUUUAAUUUAAAGAUUUAUUAAGUGAAAGCAUAUUUUCUCCCGUUAUACAAAUGUUGAAGUUUAAUUUUUAUGUGAAGGAAGGUUCAUAAUUUACAUAACAAUUAAAUUUGUUUCCUAAA